GUUAAAGGCACCACGACUUGGCCCUCCUGUGCCAAGUAUUACAAGGCACCCAACUUGUGAACCUAAAUUGCUUUGAAAGAGAAGUUCCUCUAUCUAUAUCUCACACACAUACACAAAUCUAAUCUUUCUCUUUCAACCGUAAUUUUUGCUCACCAUCAAGGCAAGUUUCCAUCUUUUGCUCCUCUAACAAUAUUAAUUGCUGCUAAAAUAUCUUGCCAAGGGUAAACCAAAUCUUGCUUCAUUCCUCUGUAGUAUCACACAAAGGACCCAAAAUUUAGGAUUUUUUUUUUUUUGGGUUCUCCCCAUGUGAUGUGAGCAUUUUGGGUGAGCAAGAUGAAGACUAUAAUUAAGUUAGGGAUUGGGUUGAGUUUGGUGUUUGGGUUUCUUCUCUUAGCUCUUAUUGCAGAAGUCUAUUACCUUCUGAGAUGGAAGAAGCACAAGAAGAGAGUCAUAAGCCAAGAGAGUGAGGAAGAGAAAGAAGAAGAGCAACAACAACAAACUGGGUACGCUAAGGAACUUAUCCAGCUCUUCUGCUUCAAAAAGCCUCAGUCUUUACAUGCCAACAACGGCGGAAGCGAAGGAGAAGAAGUCUCGAGGAAUCAAGAUUUGGAGCUUGGCUUGAUGAAACAUCUGGAAGGAGGAGGAGGAGAAGAAGGGUUUGAAGCAGAGCUCAUGAAGCUUCACAACCAGAGGUUUCUCUUCACAAUCAUGGAAGAGACCAAAGCUGAUUUGGAAUCUGACGAUGGGAAGUCGAGAUCGAGGACGAGGAGCUUGAGCGAUGUUCCGGCUGGAGUAAAUGACAGUAAUACCCCUGGUUUGGCUUCUCCGACAGCACUAAAGUCGUCUCCUUUGGGGUCUUACUCGCACCACGAGUUCAAUCCUCUGUUCGAAACAGAGGGUGAGCUUGAGUUCAACAAGUUUUUCAAGUCGUCUUCUUCGCCUCCGCCGAAGUUCAAGUUCAUGAGGGACGCGGAAGAGAAGCUGAGGAGGAGAAUGAUCGAGGAAGCCAAGAGGAGAGGGCAAAAAUCGGAACUUUCGGUUGUGUCAGAAGGUUCGUUCUUGAAGUUUAUGACUCCUGCGACGGUGAACAGAGAGAAGAAACAGAGUAAUCAAGAAUCUGUUGAAACGGUGUCGUUUCGUACUUCAUCAGGUACAAAGUCUUAGAGCAUCCACAUCAAUGAACCCCCUCUUGGGGUUCAUCUUUUUAGUUUUUUAUUAUUAAAAUUUGUUUCUUUUUCUUUUUGGUUUUUUAAAAAAAAAAAAAAAAAAAAAAAAAAAGUUAGACCAAUCGCGGGCCGCCACGACACGUGGGGCCCGCGCUACAGUGAUGAACUUUAGGAGAGAGGGGUUCAACCAAGAGAACUUUAAGAGAGAGAGGGUUCAUGGGAUUGAAUUAUUUUAUUAUUAUUUUUUCUUGGUUUUUGUGUGAACUCCCCCCAUGAACCCUCAAUGGGGGUGCUCUUAGAACGUUAGACCAGAAAUCAUUUGCACUGGUUGUUUAGUAUUAGACCACUCUUGCUUUAAUUUUUAUUUUUUUGGUUGAAAUUCUAUUAAGAAUUUCAAUUCUUUAGUUGUGUGAAAUGUGAAUCAACUUUCCUCUCUUUGGAAAUGAUUUCCUCUGUACGUAUCAAUCUGAAAAAUAUCUGCAGAUGCUUGUUUGAAUUUCAUUUGAAGGAAAAAGUUAAAACGAAAAA